AUGACGCAAUUGAAUGAUCCUCGAAUCAGAGGUUUGGGAACUCUUCAUGUUAUUCCGGAUGAUAUAUUUUCAGAACAUGUUUUGGCCAAAUUAUCCGAUCAGGAUUUAGCUCAUUGCGCUAGAGUAUCCCGGUUUUUUUACGUAUUUUCGCGCGAUGAUCAGCUCUGGAAAAAGCAUUGCUUGGAUAAAUGGGGUAGUGACCAUGGUGUCAUGCAUAACUUUAUGUAUCGUGGAACUUGGCUGCUUACUUAUUUAUUUCCAACCAUGUUGAACGAAAUUGACGAGGAAAAGGUUUGGGCACAUCCAUUAUGUCGACUUUUACAUUUCCCCGAAAUUACGAGUCAUUACCUAUAUGCAAAAUGGUGUCGUUGUAAUAUGUUUCUUGGCAAGUUUGUACCGACACAAAAGACUUCAUCAGAUUCGAAAAUUUCUACAGAAAAUGAAAUGGAAUUGAUAAAUGAAAAAUUCGAGAGUUUAUAUGAUGCACAGUCAGUUCCUGUUUUGAUAAGAAAUGAUAGUGUUGAAAAGUGGAAAGCUUGGACUGAGUGGAAAUGGGAAACCCUAUUAAAAAAGUAUGGCAAGACCAUAUUCCGAGUAGCUAAUGAAAGAGGAGGAAAACAUCGAUAUCUACCGAUGUCCCUAGAAUCAUAUAUACGAUACAUACGUGCGCAACAUGACGAAACACCUUUAUAUAUUUUUGACGCUAACUUUGCUGAUAAAGAACCGGAAAUGGCUGAUGCAUACGAAGUGCCAAAGUAUUUCCAAGACGAUUUUUUUUCUGUUUUAUCGGGUAAAAGACCACCAUAUCGAUGGAUUAUAAUCGGUCCUGCAAGGUCAGGCGCGUCUUGGCAUGUUGAUCCCGCUGGAACGUCAGCUUGGAAUAUAACCAUUGAAGGAAGAAAACGUUGGGCAUUAUAUCCACCACAUAUUUUUCCUCCAGGGUUAAGUGUAUCUCGAACUGGCAUUAACAACCAUCAGUCACUUUACAAUACUGAUAUACUUGAUAAUGCAAAGGAUUCUGCAACUUCUUUAUUUUGGUUCCUUGAAGUUUAUCCUCAACUACCACCAGAAAUGCGACCACUCGAGAUUAUACAAGAACCUGGGCAAAUAAUUUUCAUUCCAAGUGGUUGGUGGCAUAUGGUCCUUAAUAUUGACGAUACUGUUGCAGUUACUCAAAACUUUGCCAAUAUUCAUAAUCUUGAACAUAUGUGGGAAACUUUUCAUGAAAAAAUGCUAAAAACUUACCCUUAUCUUGAACCAUUUAUUGCGCGUAAAGUCUCUAUAUUUUCAGAUACAACUGAUGAUCCGGUUAUAAAAGAGGAAGGAUUUACUUCCAGAUUGGAUUUUCUUGAAGGAUUCCGAGAUUUAAAAAUUUGGCACCCUAGAGUAAUUGAUGUAUUGGGAAGAUAUUCGUUAGAUGAGAAUGUCCCUAUAGAAGUUAUUUCACAAGGACAAAAUCCAGUUUUCCGAAGUUCUGCAACAAUAAUAAAGUUUUAUUCUCAUAUAUUUAAUGGAGUCAAAACGUUUAACGGCGAAAUUCAAAUUUAUUCUAUAAUUACUGAUCAUAUUCCCGAGAAAUAUAAAAGAUAUUUCUCGAAAAUUUUAGGGUCAGGUUAUUUAUUUUAUGAAAGCAUUGAAAGACAUUAUAGAUGGCCUUACAUUGUAUUUGAAGCCGACACUAUUGGCGGAAUAAGUCUCGCUGAAGUUAUUGCUAGAGGAGGUUCGAGUCCGAGUAAUGAAGUGAUCGACUUUUCUGCUGAAAUACUUCAUGCUUUACACAGUUUACCAUCCGCUUUUAUUCCAGAUCAUACGAACGAAACAGCAUUUGAACAUCCAUUUCAUCAAUUUAUUAAUCUUCAAAUAUCACGUGCAUCGAAAGUUCAUUCUGGAUGGUUGAUAUUUCCACUUCAUUUAAUUUCACAAAUUUCCUCAUAUUUACCAUCUUCAUCGUAUGAAAUUCAUAAUUCGGAACUUGAUGGACCACUAGCAGGAAUAUUACAUGGUGAUUUAAAUGCCGAAAAUAUUUUAGGUGCUGUGUUACCUUCUGAAGGUUCUUCAAACAACCUUGACCACGAUCAUAAAGAGCAUCAUGGUAAUUGUUCAGAUGAUGAUGAUGAACUAAUGGGUUAUUGGACACCUACAACUAUCAUUGAUUUUGGUGAUUCGCAAGUUUAUGGUGGUGAUCCAUUGUUCGAUUUGAUACCAAUUUAUAUUUCAGUAUUAAGAUGUUCAAAAAUAUUGUUGAAGGGAUUCAUAGAAAAAUAUAAUGAUGAAAUCGAAGGUAAACAAAAAAUAUCGUUGAGAAUGUUUAGAAGAAGAGCAAUGUGGUACACUUUAUUAUGGGAAUUUGAAGGAGCUGUGAGGUAUUUAAUUGGUCAUUUUCCUAAUGUUAGAGAAUGUAAAAAUUGGGAAGAAGUUGAAGACCUGGUUUGGGGAAUUGAAUAA